AUGUUUUCCCUUGCUGUCGCUGUCGUGCUUCCUCUCUUCCUGCAAUCUGUUUCUGCUCAAUCUUGCACUAGAAAUUACACCGUUCAGGAUGGUGACACUUGUGAUAGCAUUUCUACCGCACAGAAUGUUUCUACCUACCAACUCGCUGCAGUAAACUCUGGUGUAGUCGACAGUACCUGCUCCAACCUGCAGCCAGGUGCUAGCCUCUGUCUCGGAUACGAAGGCGAGGACUGUACCUCCACCUACACCGUUGUUGCCCAGGACACAUGCGAUUCGAUUUAUGAUGCGUACGGUAUUAACGCGACACUCUUGUAUGGAAACAAUCCCCAGAUUGAUUCAGCUUGUGACAACAUUUACGUUGGAGAGGUACUUUGUGUUGCAUCUACCAUUGCCGCUCCUCCCGCUGGCUCUGCCUCGGUCAACACUGCAAUUCCUAGCACUGCCACUGCCGCUGCUUCUGCUACUCCUACCACGUCUUCCUCUGCUAUUAGUAUUACCGUAGCCUCUUCCUCCGUUGCUCUUCCAGUAGUCACUACUUCGACUAUCACGUCUUUCUCUGCCACUUCCUCAACUUUCACUUCUGUGGCUGCCUCGUCCUCUUCAUCUAGUGACGACGGUGACGAUGAUGAUCUGCCUUAUUGCGAUGAGCUCUAG